GGGGCGACGCGCGGCCAUGGCGACGGGCGGCGGCGGCGGGCCCGGGGCUGCGGACGCUGCGGGCCGAGCGGGCGGGGGGCGGGGCGAGGCGUUGCCUCGCGGUGACAGGAGGGCGGGCCAGCGAGGCGGAGGGGCCACAAGGAGCGGGCCCUACACCCUCAGCCGGGCCCCCGCCGCGCUGCAGAGGCAGCGGGAGCUGGCCAGGGCGGCACUGCGGCGGCAUGGGCUGCUGGGGGCGCCCGGUAGGCCUCCACCCAAACCGGCAGCCAAAAGGUCAGUGAAGUUUCACAAGGGCUACGUGGCACUCAGCCAGACAGCAGAUGAAAGCCUGGUAUCCCUGGACUCAGACAGACCUUCCCUUCUCUGGCUGCUGAAGGAGCUUGCAGCACUUGCUCUGACACCAUCUUUUCAUCCUAGUGACGGGGAGCUGGAAUCAAGGGGCUCCUCUGGCUACUCCUCCGCUGAGGCAAGUCCAGCAGGUGAACCAGGACCUGAGCCGGCAGCUGCUGCAGGACGGGUACCACUUGGAUGAGGUCCCAGAUGACGAGGACCUGGACCUCAUCCCCCCCAAACCCACCACCUCCUCUUGCCCGUGCUGCUUUGGGGAUUCUCUCUCCUGUGUGGUCCAGUAGGUGCUGCUCACGUGGGACACCUCAAAAGCCACCACGUUCCCUGUCCCCUGGGAUGCUCGGUGGCAUCCCAAGAACCCAGUACUGCUGUGUGCUGCAUUGCAGCACCCAGCCAGUCCCAAACCACUUCUUGUUGUACAGAGCAAUAUCACAGGGGUGGCUCAGUGACAUAGGGCCACGUGGGUGUCAUCUAUCACCAGGGUAAAGAGGGCACUCACACCAGUCCUCCUUCAGCCUUGAACAGCUCAGACACUACGCACCCAGAGUGCCCUAAAACCAUGACCUCACCUCUCCAAGGACACUGCUUGACAUGGUCCUCCUAAAUCUUUCAUUAAGGAAAAAAAAAAAAAGGUCAAAUUUGGAGCAGCUCCCCAGACUAGGCGCAGUUACAUUCUUCCUUAUGUCUGUGCAUCCUUCUCAUGCUGCCAGCUGUCCAGCUGUGCAGGACAGGAAGGAACCCAAAGGGCUGCUUGCUUUUUCUUGGGAUAGAUGUGUUUUUCUUUCUUGUUAGAUACAAAAAAGGGCCGAUGGCCUCUGUGUUCUAUUUAUGAUGUGUUCCCCCCUGGGGGCCCUUCCCAGCCGUCACAGUGCAGCUCAGCCCAUUUGGGCAUGGAUUCGGGGCAGGAAAGUUCUGCCUGGUGUGGGUUUUAUAAGCUGCCUUAAAUCAUGGUCCUGCUGUACCGUAGAGGACAAUCAGCUUCUUAAAAAGAAACCUUAUUUAAAUAAUCUAUGUCUAAAGAAUUGAGGCUUUUUGGGUAUACUCCUUGUUGGAGGAAGCACUCAAUAAACUGGAUCGUGUUACUCAAA